GAUAACUUUCUAACCUCAUCCGGUGCCUCUGUGGACCACUUAUAUAUCUAGGAAGGAAGGGAAGAAGAAGGCAGUCGAUCGGGAACAGCUAUGUCGCCAGACACCAGUUCCGAUACUCAUAUCUCCCCUUUGUUAGAGAUUCGUACUGGUGACGAUCAUGGUGAAGAAGGAUCCAAAGCAGGGUGGUGGAAGAAACUGUUGGACUUGGAGGAGGCCAAGAACCAAUUGUUGUUUUCCCUGCCGAUGAUUCUCACCAACGUUUUCUAUUACUCUAUAACCUUGGUAUCCGUCAUGAUCGCCGGCCAUCUUGGCGAGCUUCAGCUCGCCGGUGCUACUCUUGCAAACUCGUGGGCUGUUGUCACGGGCCUCGCUUUCAUGAUUGGGUUAAGUGGAGCACUUGAGACACUUUGUGGGCAAGGAUUUGGAGCAAAAUUAUACAGAAGAUUGGGGAUUUAUCUACAAACUUCAUGUAUCAUAUCUUCCGUCUUUGCCAUCAUUCUAGCCGUCGUCUGGUUUUACACUGAACCCAUACUGAUCUUACUUCAUCAACAGAGUUCCAUUGCAAAGACAUCCGCUCUCUAUAUAAAGUUUCUUAUUCCCGGGUUAUUUGCAUAUGGCUUCCUUCAAAACAUGCUGAGGUUUCUUCAAACACAAUCUGUUGUUUGGCCCCUGGUUUUAUUCUCAGGGCUACCUUUGGCCAUUAAUGCUGGUCUCGCAUAUGCUUUAGUACACUGGACAGCUCUUGGUUUUAAGGGAGCUCCAUUGGCAGCUUCGAUUACAUUAUGGAUUUCAGUUCUUAUGUUGGCCAUUUAUGUCAAUCGUGCAAAGAAAUUUGAGCAUACACGGGCAGGAUUUUCUUUGGAAUCGUUCCGAUACAUUCUUACAAACUUGAAACUAGCCCUGCCCUCUGCUGCAAUGGUGUGUUUGGAGUACUGGGCUUUCGAGAUUCUGGUUCUCUUAGCAGGACUGUUGAAAAACUCAGAAACAACUACCUCGUUGAUUGCAAUGUGCGUGAAUACAGAAGCUAUUUCUUUCAUGUUUGCCUAUGGUCUCAGUGCUGCUGCAAGCACAAGGGUGUCAAAUGAGUUGGGGGCAGGCAAUCCCACCGGGGCUAAGAAAGCCAUGGAAGUGACUCUCAAGCUCUCUAUCCUUCUUGCCAUCACAAUUGUUUUGGUCCUUGCACUUGGGCACAAUUUAUGGGCUGGUUUGUUCAGUAGCAGCGCUACAAUCAUCAAGGAAUUUGCUGCAAUGACACCCCUGCUUGCCAUUUCAAUAUUCUUAGAUGCAGUGCAGGGUGUCAUAUCAGGGGUCGCCAGAGGAUGUGGCUGGCAGCACUUGGCAGUUUAUGUUAACUUGGCAACCUUCUAUAUAAUCGGUAUACCGAUUGGAUGUCUCCUUGGAUUCAAGACGAAACUAGGAGUUAAGGGUUUGUGGAUAGGCUUAAUCUGUGGCCUAUUCUGUCAAGGCAGUACACUUUUGUUGAUUACUCUCCGCACGAAAUGGGGUAAGGUGGAUCUACCAAGGGAUGAUCAUAGAGAAACAGAAACCCCUGUUUCGGGCUAACUGAAACUGAAUGCAUGCAAAGCAGAAAAGUAGUUGAAGAUCGAGAUCACAACGUAGCUGCUGCUCGGGACACAUUUUGUGGCAAAAUUAUUUUGUAGGGACUUUAUCAUUAAGUGACCUGACAGGGGAGAGAUGCGGCGAGAGAGGGAAUAAAAACAGAGAGACGUGGAUCUUGAGGAAACCACUGCCCCCGGCAUUUAUUCUGUUUCGGUUUUUUCUAUUUUUUGUCAUUUUUAAUUUACUUUUUAUUAUUGAUGUAAUUUUAUUUCGUAAUUUCGUUAUUUUUAAUAAGGGUUAUUAAAAUUAUCAAUUAA